AUGUCCAUAAAAAUCGCUAUUUUAGCCACACUGGCUGCCAUUCCAGCUGCACUUGCGGCUCCAGCUGUUCCUCAAAGCUCGAUAAGAGCCGAUGGCCUGAGUCUCAUUAAAACUUCUGCAACUGACCCCGGGCAGUGGGUUACCGAGCAAGAGAAGUUGGAUCGAUUCACCUCAAAAAAUAUUGGGUUUAUCGACAUUACCGAUAUUGCUGAUGAAGAAGUUUUGUCUAUUCUCUCGGGAAGUGAACCCAGCAACUUGAUUACCCGGGCUAUAAAUUACCCAAGCGGCGCGUUACACAAGGACGAAGGCAGCAAAUUGGUGGCCAAUAUCAACGCCAACGGCCCCAAGAGCUGGCUAAAGACAUUCACAGAUUUCCACAAUCGCCGGUACAAUACCGCUGUUGGUGCGGAAGCCGCCAACUGGCUCUUUGGGAAAGUAAAGGAAAUAUCUUCCAAGAACACAGCAAUUACCGUCAAGCAAUUCAAGCAUACGCGCUUCAACCAGCAGUCUAUCAUCGCAAAAAUACCCGGGAGUAGCUCUAACCUAGUCGUUGUUGGUGCACAUCUAGACUCCACGAGCUCUUCAAGCUCAGGUAGAAGUCCCGGCGCAGAGGAUGACGGUUCCGGAAGUGUUGUUAUCCUUGAGGCCCUUCGCGUCCUUGCCGAGUCUGGAAUCAAACCCAAGAACACCAUUGAGUUUCACUGGUAUGCCGGUGAAGAGGGUGGCCUGUUGGGGUCCAAGGAUGUCUGGGCAAAUUACAAGGCCUCGAACCAAAAUGUAAUCGGAUACCUUAAUCAGGACAUGGCGGGCUGGUCUCCGAGCGGAACUCCGGCUGUUUUCCAAGACUUUGUCGAUUCCAAGCUUUCUCAAUACAUCACCGCCCUCAUCAAAGAUUAUUUCAAUAUCACGCCGAAUACGUCCCGCUGUGGUUACAGAUGCUCCGAUCAUGCCAGCGCCACGGCCAAUGGAUUCCCUUCUGCUUUUGUCGCGGAUGAGGUCAUGGGUAAAUCAUUCAAGGACAUUCACACCGAGAGAGACACGUACGAUAUAAUCAUGUGGCCGACGAUUCUUCUUCACUCAAAGAUUGUUGCGAGUUAUCUGCUUGAGGCGUCGUAUAUUUGA